AUGGACUUGAGCGAGGACGCUAUCAAGGCGGAGGUGAGCAAUUUCGUGUCCAGCCUGCAGCGGCUGCUGCCCAAGAAGAAAGACAUUAUCGUCCUCGAGCCCGCGAAGACGAACCAGACGCGACUGAGCGAGGUGCACGCCGAGGCCAAGAGCGUCUUCCCCAAGUGCUUCGUCGGCGCCCGGUUGGUCGUGCUGCGGCAGGUACUCGAUAAAGUGAAGCUGCUGCAGGAGUACAACUACGGCAAGACGCGGGAGACGUACCAGAGCUACAAGCGAUACCUCAACAAGGAGUCGGAGCCCAAGUUCGUCGGGGACGGGCUGGUGGUGGAUGCGAGUGGAUCCGCCACCGCCACAUACACGGAGCGCAUGGACGGGGCAUGUACGCUCCGCCUCACCUCCAGGAUCCGCGACUUGGUGGCAUCCGAGACCGAGGUGGAGCUGGAACGUGAGGGCGAGCGCUCGGUCGCCUCCUUCACUUUCAAGAUGAACGACAUGGAACCGAACACACUGCGCACGGUGACGCAGUGGAUGUACCAACUGCGGCCCGAGCUCAGCGUGGGCACAGAGCUCAGCUUUAAGCCGCUCGCGUGCCCCGCACUGCCGGAGCUGUCACUGAGUGCGCGCUAUCGCGGACCCUCCUACUGUGUGUCCUCAACGGUCACCAAACUGGGGUUCCAGGUGUGCCUGUUCAAGAGACUGGCGGCAGACCUGCGGCUCGCGGGCGUGGUGAGUGAGGGCCGAGCGGGCGCGCCGCUCACGGCCGCGCUGGCGCUGCACAAGGCGUACGAGGGGUGCGAGCUGAAGAUCUUCGUGGACAGCCAGCGCUGCGGCGGGUUCACGGUGCAGAAGGAGGUGUAUGUGCGUGACGCGCAGGAGGAGGAGCGCGUGCUUCGGCUGGUGGGCAGCGCGCUGCUCGACGGCCAGCGCCGGCUGCGGCUCGGCUUCGGAUUCAACUUGAACUUUUAA